AAAGAGGGGGUGAUAACAGCUUCAAUAAAUCAUCCGGGCCAGUCGCCGCUCCCAGGGGAUGCGGGAUGGAUUAAAUUAAGCACUCUCUCCACCCUUGUGUCUAUCCAUCCGUCCAUCCCUCUCUCUCUCUCUCUCUCUCUCUCUCUCUCUCUCUCUCCCUCUCUCCGUAUAAAUGCCAACAGCUGAUCGCGAGACGGCACACUCGCGGGAACAGCUCGAAGCAGCAGAAAGAGAGAGGCGAGGGGAAGAGAGUGAAGAGAGAGGGAUCCAGAGAGAGAAAGAGGGGGAUCUGUUGAUUCAUCGGAGUCCCUUUUUGUACAAUUUUUUUUGACUUAAAGGGAUAUAAAGGACUUUUUUUUCGUAAAAGGGAUUUUUUUUAUACAUAAAAGCAUUCUAAGUUAUUAUUACAUAUUUUUUAAACCUCUGAUUUUCUUCGCAUCCCUCCCUCGUCCUUCCCUUCUUCCUCCUCCAUUUCUUUUUUUAAAGAGGCCCGGGCUUUGCGAGGUGUCUUCCAUCGCCUUUUUAUAUUCAUUUUUAUCUUAUUAUUGUUCGAGAGCCUUCAGUCUUCCGUUUGUCCGCGAGUGCAAAAAGCACGAGGCACCCCCUCCUCCUCCUCCUCCUUCUCCUUCUCCUCCUCCUCUUCCUCCCCUACGGUGGGAGCUGUCCGGUGCUGAAGUUGCAUUUCCUCCCAUUCCUGCAAGAGGACUGGACCGGGCCAGGCAGGGACACUCAAGCAGAACAAUAACUCUUUUGACCGGAUAAUUCGGCAGCUCGGCUCCCGCCACCACCUGAAGACAAUCGGCCCCUCUGCUCGGCGUGUUGACGGACGGACGGGAUCGCCACGCUGGCCAGGCCGUCGGCGAGGGGCUUUACAUCCGCGAGAGUGUGCGCGCGUGUGUGUAUCGCUGCGUCCGCGUGUACGUUGUGUUUGUGGGAGCGUGCGUGCUCGCGUGCGUGCCGGUGUCUCUCACCAUCAUGCCAAGGUCUUUCCUGGUGAAAAAGGUGAAACUGGAUGAUUUCUCCACCGGGGCGGAGUUGGAACACGCCUACCGGCACAGGACAGACCUCAGCCUGCGGCUGCAUGACAAAGCGGCCUACAUCAGUGACUACAUCAGUCCUGUCGUGUAUGAUGGUGAGAGCGAUGGCGGGAUCAAGGUGCCCUCUCCCGACCCCCUCUAUGACGGUAUCCACAGCGACUACGGUGCCCCCGACUCGGAGUCUCCGGACAGUCCGGGCUCAGAAAUCACAGACGGCUACAUCAACGGCGACGCCGCGGUCAGCGAGGGAUACACAGUCGACGCCUUCUUCAUCACCGACGGCCGUUCGAGAAGGAAAGCCCUCGGUAGCCCCAGGAGCGUCCAGAGGCACACCUGCAACGAGUGUGGCAAGACCUACGCCACGUCUUCCAACCUGAGCCGGCACAAACAGACGCACCGCUCACUUGACAGCAAGCUGGCAAAGAAGUGCCCCACCUGCGGGAAGGUGUACGUGUCCAUGCCCGCCAUGGCAAUGCACCUGCUCACUCAUGACCUCAAGCACAAGUGCGACGUGUGCGGGAAGGCGUUCAGCCGGCCGUGGCUCCUGCAGGGCCACAUGCGCUCCCACACCGGCGAGAAACCGUUCGGGUGCGCCCACUGCGGGAAGGCCUUCGCGGACCGCUCAAACCUGCGCGCCCACAUGCAGACGCAUUCGGCCUUCAAGCACUUCAAAUGCAAACGCUGCAACAAGACCUUCGCGCUCAAGAGCUAUCUGAACAAGCACUACGAAUCUGCCUGCUUCAAAGGCCCCUUCUCCCCUCUCGGCCCAUUAGACGCAUGACAACCUACAAAGAGAUCAAAUGAGGGACAAAACCGCAGACACAAAUUACCAUUAUCCUUAAAGACUAAACUGCAGACGGUAUAUUUUUGGUCAGAAUGCGACCUUGCUUUCCCUCCUUCUACCUCCCUUACCUGCCCACUCCCGUCCCCACCUCCUCUCCCUUGGAGCCUGUCCACAAUGACGAAUACGAUGAAGAUAGCACAAUUUUUCUCCUUGAGAUUUUCCCACUUAAGGAUUUAACUGAUCGACGCAUGCACUUCCUUGAAAUCACGUCACCUCCUUUUUCUCUGUCUGUUCAGGGCAGAGACACUGAUAUUACUGCAGCUUCCUCCUGGCAUCUAGAUAUAAUAUGACUACAUAUAUUUUGGAACAUUGAUGAUGAUAAUGAUGAGAAUAAUGACAAUAGCAAACA